AAAACUUGAUGCCGACGAUACGAUUAAUCGUCACGUUAGCAAAUUAGAGCAUCUCACAGGAUUUGGUUAUGAACGGGGUAGGAAAAUUGAAUGCACGGUGGAGGGCUGCAAGUACAAAUUCAAACGUCAGUACGAUCUAAGCAGGCACUUGAAAAGUAUGCAUUCCGAGAUUACAAAUUCCAUCGAAGAAUCAUGA